CUCACUAUUAUAUAUAGAAGGGAAGGCGAGGCUACAUGCAUUAAGCUCUUCAUCUACAUCUCAGGUUUCGACUGGGAGUUUUCAAAAAUUUUUAGUAACUUGAGCACUGGAGUGGGUCUCAGUCUGCAGAAGAGACCCUCUCACAUUGUCCGUUGAGCCAAUGGUGUGCAGAAUGUCGGAUGGGCACUUUUAAGCGUGCUGUACGGUAAACAAAAUACGAAUUUUCGGUUGAUCUAGUUAGUAGUUUUUGCUUCUCUUUCCUGCAUUGGUUUUCUUUCCAUUUCUGGUGACUAUGAUUGAUAAGAAAAUCCGACUGGAAAAUAUAUCACCAGAGGUGGGAAAUGAGAAUCAGUCAGAUCAGUUUGUUGACAUAGAGAACCCUUCGCCUAAAAAAAAUAAGAACCCUGAAAUAACUCCACUGCUCGCCUCGCUGGAGGAGGAACUCAAUAGCUGGUCUGAGCUAUCGGGGGAGCAUUGUAUUUACAAAGUUCCUGAGCGGCUGCGAACAGCCGGGAAUGAAUCGCUGUACAACCCUAAGGUUGUGUCCAUCGGCCCGAUCCACCAUGAAAGAGAAGGUUUGGAAGCCAUGGAAGAGUAUAAGAAGAGGUUCCUCAAAGAUUUCCUUGCCAGACUGAAGGUUAAAUUCGCAGAUUAUGCUCAAUUCAUGCAGGGAAGGGAAGAAAAAUUGCGAAACAGCUACGCCUACGAAGGAGUGGGUCAUCUGAAAAGCGACAAGUUGACAAAAAUUUUCAUGGUCGAUGCAGCAUUUCUCGUCGAGCUUUUGCUGAGGAACAGUCUUCUGAAGGCACAGGACGACAAGAGCUGCAGCAGGGUGAAGCCACUGGACUUCAAGAGCAGCAGUGAUGUGAAGCCACUGGACUUCAAGAGCUGCAGGAUCUUUGGGAGGCCCAAGAUGUUAAUCGACAUUCAACGAGACGUGAUAUUGGUUGAGAAUCAGCUUCCUAUGUUUAUCCUCGAAGAAAUUUUCGACACCUUUAUCAGUCCAGAAGUCGACGUGAUUAGUCUUGUUUGCGAGUUUGUCAGCAGCGAUAGGGAUGGGGCAAGUAAGCCUGAUCUCGAGAGUGUCCAAAGAUCCAACCCCGUGCACUUCCUGGAUUGUCUAAGGAGUUGCUACAUUUUUGAAUGCAAUGAUGCAGGGGAGGUUCCAAAGCCGAGGGAUCGAGCACCGGUAAAGCAUCCUUACAUCCAUAGCGUGUCUGAAUUACAUGAAGCUGGACUGGAUUUCAAAAAAAGUGAGAGUUCUAAUCUUUUCAGCAUCAAGUAUGAAGACGGGCUUCUCCGGUUGCCGUACAUGCCGAUAGGCAGCGCGAGCGAAAUGAUAUACAGAAAUCUACUAGCCUUUGAGCAGUGCCACUAUCUUCCCAGCGAGAGGAUAUUCACUGACUUCUUCCGUCUCAUGGAUCAACUGGUAAACACUCCUCAGGACAUAGACUUGCUUGUCGAGAAUGAAAUUAUAAGGCGCACCUUGGGAGAAAGCAGUGCGGCUGCAGAUGUCUUCAACAGAAUCUCACAUGGUCUUCAAACGUGCUACGAUCAAAACCAUUUUGCUGAAAUCUACAGGGAACUUAAAGCGUACUACGAUAGACCGUGGAACCGAUGGAAGGCGACCUUGAAGCAUAAAUACUUCCACAACCCAUGGGCUAUCAUUUCUGUCGUUGCAGCUGCAAUUCUGCUCAUUCUAACCAUUAUACAAACGGUGUUUUCGAUAUUAUGAAUCACCUCUUGGUGUUUUCUUUCAUUUAUGUAAAGUACCUACUUCAAUUGCCGGAAGCGAUUGUGCCCUAGAUGCUGCUAUGUAAUAAUUACUACUGGCUUGAUUUUGGCUUGUCUGUAAAAUACGGAUUGUUUGCGAGUUAUCGUUGCAAAUGCCUUGCUGUAAAAGUCGUGAAUGAAUUCUAUUAUGGGUUAUUAUUAUUCAUAUAUUUAUUAGUA